CGCUGUUGGACAUUAGGGGGAGUGCGUGCUCACCAACCCGGACAUGAAGUCCAUUUAACUCACAGGAGACGUCAUGACAACAGCUUGUUCUUUCUAAGAAACUACAUUUCCAUGACGGCAGUGAGAGGGAGUGUCUGUUGGGCCACAAGGUGGGGCUUGAAGCGUAGUUUGAAUCAACAAGUUGAUCAUAGAAAGCGGCAGCAGCGGCAGACGCUCCAGUCGCUCCAGUCGCUGUCAUCAACGGCAGGUGGUCAACGUGCCUCCUUCAGCAAUACCGCAGUCAGUGAACGGGAUUAUUCUCUCAUGUUUUAACUGCACAGCCGGAAAAUAGAGAUGGUCACAGCUGGCUGACAUGGAAGGAGACGAAUAAGUCUUGUUUUUAUUUUACUUUUUAUAGUGAAGUAUAGGGAAGUACAACGAUUUUUAAAAAAACAUUUUGAUCGCGUUGCGCGUCUGUGCCUGCGUCAUGCCCUCUGUGUAGAGAGCCAUAGUUUUUUAUACCACAUUAUUUUUUGUUGCUAUUAUUUUUUGAGAAUAUGGCACUAGCGAGGUUCAGCAAAAUUCUUCGCCUGCCUACGAUUGAAAUCAAAAAGAAGCUCAAGCAGUAUGAGCACGUUCGCCGGGACGUUAACCCCAAUGACAUUUGGGAAAUUAUUGGCGAGCUUGGUGACGGUGCCUUUGGAAAGGUCUACAAGGCCAGAAACAAAGAGACAGACGCUCUGGCUGCAGCCAAAGUGAUCGAGACCAAAAGUGAGGAAGAGCUGGAAGACUACAUGGUGGAGAUCGACAUCCUGGCCAAAUGUGACCAUCACUACAUCGUCAAACUGCUGGAUGCGUUCUACUAUGAAAACAAGCUUUGGAUCAUGAUCGAGUUCUGUCCUGGAGGUGCUGUGGAUGCCACAAUGCUCGAGUUGGAUCGAGGUCUGACGGAGCCACAGAUUAAGGUGGUCUGUCGCCAGAUGUUGGAAGCGCUGGACUACCUCCACGGCAUGAAGAUAAUCCACAGAGACCUGAAGGCCGGUAACAUUCUCCUCAUGCUGGAUGGAGACAUCAAACUUGCUGACUUUGGUGUAUCUGCAAAAAACAACAAAACCCUACAGAGGAGAGACUCCUUCAUUGGAACACCAUACUGGAUGGCUCCAGAGGUGGUGAUGUGUGAGACCAUUAAGGACGCCCCCUAUGACUACAAGGCUGAUAUCUGGUCUCUGGGAAUAACACUGAUAGAGCUCGCCCAGAUUGAACCCCCGCACCAUGAACUCAACCCCAUGAGGGUGCUGUUGAAGAUCGCCAAGUCGGAGCCUCCCACCUUAGAUCAGCCACACAAAUGGUCGCCGGAGUUCAACGACUUCCUGAAGAAAUCUCUGGAUAAAAACCCCGAGACUCGUCCAUCUGCAGCGCAACUGAUGGAGCAUUCGUUUAUAAGAUCCAUGACGUCCAACCGUCCGCUGCGGGAGCUCGUGGCCGAGGCCAAGGCUGAGGUCAUGGAGGAAAUAGAGGACAAUAGAGAGGAAGGAGAGGAGGAAGACGCCAUGGAGCUCACUGUGUCUCCGGUUAAGGAGCCAUGCCAGACCAGCCAGACCAGUUUGGAAGGAGACCAGUCUCUUGAUAACCCCAGCCCCACUACACUCGCACCAACAACCCCAGUUCCUCCAACCAGGAAGGAACCUGUACCAGAUACACCGUCAGAGAAGCAGCCAGAUGCCGUCAUGGUGGCUCCCGUUCCUCUGCCCCGGCAGAAUCUGCCCCCAAAGCGUCCAGAGGAUUUGGGUGACAAACACGAGGACGAGGUCCUUCUCGAGUCUGAGAGUGAAGCCUCGACGAAAACGUCUUGCUCUGACUCGGGCAUUGAGGAUGGAAAGAGUAGUCCCACGUCUGAGGAGAAGGUUGUUAUGGAGACUCCAGAGACAGAGCAGCCCCCGUUGCCCCCCCUUGCAUCAGCAUCUGAGGAGCAGGUUGUCAUCAUUCUUGACUCAUCCGAUCUAGAGAAGCCCAAAAUCCAGGAGACAAGCCAAGAAAACGAUGUCACAUUAAAUGGAAACUCAACGGUGCCAAGUCCGAGUAAAACUGUCUUUCCUUCACCUGCUCCCGUACCCACGUCAACCCCUACGUCUGUCCCUGCCUCCAGUCCUCAGCCUAACGGCAGGAUAACCAGAGACGUCGCCGGUGAGACAUCAGUCGGAGGAAAUGCUGAACCCGUCUCACCGUAUAUCAACGGAGGAAUUCUCAACAAGCGGUACUCUUACUCGGGCAGCAUAUUGUCUGAGAGCAUGGACAUGUCCAUCCACAAGGAGAACAUGGUGAUCACUUCACGGGACUUCUCACGCAAGACUCUGAAGCGAACCAGGAGGUAUAUGAUCGAUGGUGUGGAGGUGAGCGUGACCACCUCCAAGAUCAUCGGAGAUGAUGAGAAGAAGGAUGAGGAGAUGAGAUUCCUGAGGCGUCAGGAGCUGCGGGAGCUUCGUCUUCUGCAGAAGGAAGAGCAUCGAGCGCAGGUUCUUCUAAACACCAAACUGGAGGCACAGAAAGAUCAGAUGCAAAGACGGUUUGACCAAGAGAUGAAUGCCAAGAAGAAGCACUUUGAUGUGGAGCUGGAAAACCUAGAGAAGAACCAGAAGCAGACCAUUGAGAGGAUGGAGGCAGACCACAGCGUCAGACUCAAGGACGAGACCAAACGCAUCAGAUCGGAGCAGGAACGCGACCUGCACCGGUUUCAGGAUCAGAUGAAGCACAAGAAAAAGGAGGUGAAGCAGUCUGUGGAUAAACUGCCCAGAAAUCAGCGGAAAGACACGUUAAAGCAGAGGCUGAGUUCCUUCCAGGAAAUGAAGAUAAGCGAGGAGGAGAAAUUCUUAACCACACAGAAGAACCACCUGGACAGUACGCUAAAGAAAAUUAUCAGCAACAACAAAAGAGAGAUUGCAGAGAAGGAGAGAGAAUGUCUGCAGAAGAAGCAAAACCUCAUACGACAACGCGAAGCGACGCUGUGGGACAUGGAGGAGAAAUAUCACUAUGAGAGACACCAGUUACUGAAGCAGCAGCUGAAAGAUCGGUACUUCCUUCAAAGGCACCAGCUCCUGAAGAAGCACGAAAAGGAGCAAGAGCACAUGCAGUGCUACAAUCAGCGGAUGAUCGAAAUCCUGAAAGGUCGGCAGCAGCAGGAAAAGCACCGUCUGCCUAAGAUCCAGAGAAGUGAAGCCAAGACUCGCAUGGCCAUGUUCAAGAAGAGCCUCCGCAUCAACUCCUCAGGCAGCGCCUCCGAGGACCGGGAGAAGGUCAAACAGUUUGCUCAGAGGGAAUAGAAACGCCAGAAAGCAGAGAGGCAGCAUCAGCAGCAGAAGCACGAGAACCAGAUGAGAGAGAUGAUUGGUCAGUGUGAGAGCAACGUCCGGGAGCUGAAGCAGCUACAGAAUGAAAAGUGCCAUCUGCUGGUUGAGAACGAGACCCAGAGGCUGAAGUUUCUAGAUGAGCAACACAACCUCUUCUUGAAGGAGUGGAGGGAACAGUUGAAACCCAGAAAGAAGGCCCUUGAAGCAGACUUGACACUGAAGAAGAGAGAGCAGGAGGCGUUCUUUAAAAUGAGUGAAACAUCUGAUUGUCCAAAUCCCAGCUCUCCCACCAAACUGUCAAAGUUUGUGCCUUACCAGGACGCUUUUAACACAUAAAACAGAAGACGGCCGCUGUGAUUUGUCUCCCACUUACUUACUUACACCCACUGACUCACCCAUCAUUACAUUUUUCCACAGGCCUUACAGUAGUCUGCUGCUUCAGUUUAAACUGUACAGAGCCUGUAACUGCAGUUUGUUCUUCUGGUUUAUUUUGGGAUUCUCUUCUGUUUUGGUUUGCUCUAAAUCACAUGAUUUUUAUUUUUCGCCCUUUAAAGACAAACACAACAUACAACUAAACAGCGGCAAGUCAAUGUGGUGAGAGGGAAAAAAAAUCAAGUUUUAAUGAAAAAAAAUCAGUUUCUGUCUGAAGCACACACAAAAAACCCAACAGAAGUCCGUGAGUCUGAAACGAAGCACUUUGUUUACCUGAUCCAUCAGUGCCGUCUUCCAAAUGUGUGUGAAAAGGA